AAUUUGCGACUGAGCUCACAUUCAGUUUAUUACUAUUCACGUGCCGAUGAUAUAUAUGAACAUGGCAGAAAAAGACGAUAUCGUCCAUCAGAACAAGAUUCACGAAGAAAGGGUGCGAAAGGAGAGAAGGUUCCAGAAACUGCACACGGAGUUCAACAUCAGUCCGCACCGAAAAUUGCAUGUUCUGCCAGAUAAGCCGAUGUCGAAGAAAGUGCCUGAAUUGAUGUUGGAGAAUUCCGAUUACCUCGAUAAGUUCCACGAAGCUCAGAAGGAACCCAAAGAGAAAUACACACAUCCACAGACUGAGAGUCAGGAGAUUGGAUGGGUGUCAGCACCACUGAUCCAGAUGAACCUCGAGGACAGGAGAUUCAAAUUCCACAGACAGAGCUCAGACAUAACAAAACAAAACAAUUGAUCUGUUACACCAGUGUAAUGAAAGAAAAAAAAAAAUUUUCAGUGACAGCCAUUUUCCUCUAGUUUUUUUUUUUUUCAGUAUUUUCAGCAAAUACAAAAUCAAAUUACAACCUGAGGAUUUUUUUAAUCUAUUUACACUGAAAGACAAUUUUAGCUUACUGCCAUUGGGAAGAAAUGAGGGGAAUAAAAUGUUAUUGCAAAACAUAUCCCAGGUAACAUCUAUUUAUUCACUUUUUUGUUGUUUUGUGUAUGUUUGACUGAGCAUGUAUUAAUACUUUUAUACGCCCAUGAGUGGGACAUUCCCAGUGAGUGAAGCUUCCUGUGACUCGAGCUAGUCAAAAUUCCUCAAAGGUCAUGUGUUCCACAAGAACCUGGACUUCUGAAA